AUGCUUACCGGGCUGCAGCUUUCCAUCACCUCCAGCAUGCACUGCUGGUCGCAGGAGCUGUUUCCCAAGAAUGCGAAAAACGCCAUGCUGGCCGGGUAUUAUAUCUGCCUGCCACUGCUCGUAAUAGCUGCGACGCUCCUCGCCUGCAGCUUGGCCGUCUACCUGGUGGUACCAGUGGCCAACUCCCUGGGAAUGCCCUUGAACGAGGCUGGCAGGGUCAAGGCUGAGGCGACGAAGAAGCUGCAUUCAGCGCUCGCGCCGUAUUUGAACGCCGACUUCACGUGGGAGGACAUUUGUGAUUCGGGUGUCCUGGACGCCAACCUCGCAGACAUUCGUCUCGGCGCCUCUCAGCCGGAGGCCUUCCUUGAGAGGGCAAAACAAAAGUCCGAGGCAGUCACGGCAGCCGGCCUCGUGACAACCGUAGUCACAGAUGACAGCGUUUCUGAUGCAGUGAUGCAGGAGAAGCGCCGCAGCGUGGGCGUCAACGAUGUGGAUGUGGCCAUGGAUGCCUUAGAUUUUGGCCUUUUCACGUCAAGACCAGGGAUAGGUGCCUUGAUUCGUCAGAGCAUGCCCGUAAUCUGGAUUGGUUUGGUCUCAGUUUGGCCGGUGCUUCUCUCGGCCUUCCUACGCCUUCUCUGGUGCGUUCCCAUCCCCAUGGAUGGGGAGGACGGGAAGGAGACGAUGACCAGCCGGUUGCUGCCCAGUCCGGAUACGGAGUGUUGGUCAAACGAGCACUAUCCCACAGCGCUCCUGGCGCUGGCCGGCCUUGUAGUGUGGUGUCUCGGGGUUCCCCUGGCCCUGCUCCUGCGUGUCGGCCUCCUAGCAGACCGCCAUUCGCCCGAGAACUACCGGAGGUAUGGCUACUUCAUGCAGGGCUACGAGGAGCAGUACUGGUGGUGGGAUCUGGUGGUGAAACGCGCCGACGUGGCGAUUAUGACGGUUCUGGCCUACACCUCCAUCUUGCAAGACAUGGAGGCGAAGCUCUUGGUGUUCCCCGUGGUUUCAGCCGCGCAGGUCAUCGCCACUGCUUGGCUGAAGCCCUUUGCAAACGAGCAGGCCGAGCUGCUGGAUCUUUUGGAGGUGACGCUGGGUGUGGCGCGCUUUGUUCUCUUCAGUUCUGUCGCUGCGAUGCUGAUCUUGAAGCUGGAGGAGGAGUCCGUCCAUUUUGUGGCAGGCAGCCUGGUCGUCAUGCUCAUCAUGGCCUAUGCGUACCUCAUAGUCCACCUCCUGGCCCAGUUCCUGCGGGAUGCAUCGCUCCAGCAGGAAGAAUCGCCUCAGCAGGGGCUCGCGAAGAUGGUGCGUAACGUCAAGGAUGUCGUCAUCCGACUGAUGCUUCCUGUCUUCCAGCAGUCGGAGGAUGACAAGGUUGAGCUCUGCUGGUCCUUCGGCGAAGACAGGAUCGCAUUUCAAUCCACUCAGAGACAAGAGGUACCCAGCGAGUGGCGCUUGCCCUUUCUGCGCGGUGCCUGGGCGAAUUUGCUGCGGUUCGGCACUUCCUACCAGCACCACGCUCUGUUGACAGCCACCGAAGAGUUCGAUGCCUUCUUGCUCUCGCAAGCCGCAUGGUUGCUUAGCGAUAGCCUGCUGGUUCUCUGCGUCCUCGCGACAGCGAGCAAGCAGAUGCCACCGGUAGUUGUCAAAAGCCGGAUCAAAAGGGUUUGGCUCAUGGGUGUGGAAGCCCUGGCCAGCGAUUCAAGCAGUGCAACCUGCACACCGGAGGAGCUGACCCACACUGUGACACGGCUAAGACAGAUGCCGCGGGAGGAUGCCAUGUCGUUGAUCGACAGUGUUGUCGAACUCUGCGUCGGGCAUCGACGAUCUAAGGCAGAGGCUGACGACACUGUGACGCUGAAGCCCGAAGCCGAACUGAAGGCAGAGGUGCCAUUGAAUCGAAGGCACUCGCCGCGAUGCUGUGGAGCAGUCUGCUACCAGGAUAUGUUGUUCGAUGUGAUCACCGCUCUUCAAACCGUGAGUGAAGUGGCACUUGCUGUGUAG